AUGAUCAUUUGUUACAAGCAUUUGCUAGUCGUUGAUGAAAAAUUACUAAAAACUCCAGAGCGUACACUGCAAACGAUUUUAACCGGAUUCAAAAUCACCGGAACUGUCCUAAUACUAAUUUUAAUGAUACAAAAACAAACGAAUGUAGUUCUAUCUUUGCGACGGUUAAUAUCAUUCGAUCAAAAAGUGGUACAAAUGGGAGUAUCAUCGUCACACUUUCUCCAUAGGGUUUUUGUUAGUUCUAGUUGUUUUUUUAUUAUUAUCACUCAAAUCUGCUAUGUGUUACUUUUGUAUUAUUUUCUGAAACGAAAUAUUACACAAAUCGUGUGUUACUUUUUCUCUCUAGGUUACCAUUUUAUAGUAAUCGCGAUUUGUAUUAUUUAUUUAGAUUACUUUAGCUUGAUUUUGGGACAAAAAUUAAAUUUUGUUGUAAAUUUGACAAAAAAAUUGUCACAAACCGACCGAAAAAAAGCACUAAGUAUUCUCGUUUUAAUUUCGGGGUUGUAUACAGAUUUAUAUAAAGCUACUAAACAUUUCAACCGAAUGAUUUCGAUUCCGAUUCUUGUGGUAACUCUCGGUGACAUUCUCGGAGGAAUCGCCAUUUUAAAUCUAAUGUAUCACAAUGAGGAAGACGUGAUGGAUUGUGUAAGCUUGGCUAUUUAUGCAUUACAAGUUUUUACCAUUUUUUUACCACCUAUGUACGUUAAAAAAAAAUCUGAGGAAAUUACUAAGAUUUUGUUGGGAAACAAAAUGUUUGAUCUGGAUGCAAAGUUGGAAAAAGCGAGAGCCGUCCUCCUCUACCAAAUCUUACACCAACCUAUCGAAAUGACAGUUUGUGGUUUAUUUCCCAUGUCGAUGUCGGCCUUAUCAGAGCAAGUUGGACUAUGUAUAUCGAUCAUAUUCUUUUUAAAUCAAAUUAUGGAAUUUUAAUUAAAACAAGACGUUUUGCUUUUCACUAUGUAUUUGCAUUUAAUGUUUCCAAAAACUGAACAUCACUUUACUUAAAUA